AUGCCUUCAGCGGCGAGUGAGGAAUGUCGCCAGUGCGAACGGUACGGCGUCGACUGUCCCGGGUAUACACGCAGCCACAAGUUCCUGGACGAGGGCCCGCAACUCCAACGGCGAUUUGGGAAGAACACCGAGUCGAUCGAUGAGCGAAUUGCCCCGACGCUCGCCGCGCAGUCGGUGGGCAAGCAGCAGCCAGUGGUCUUCGGCGAAUUCGUACUGAAGGCGUUCACUAAGUGGUUCGGGCUGAACCGAUUCCGGGUACAUACACCAUGGACAGUGUACAUCGCACAGCACGGAGGCCAGAGCGCGGCAUUCGACACGGCCAUUUUCUGCGUCAACUCGAUCUUCAUGGGCCACAAGCACAGCGACGACCGCCUGCAGCAGUCCAGCCGUGAGAUGUACAGCAGGGCGCUGCGACUGUUCGGGGAACGUAUCGGCAGCGAGGCGGGGAUGCGGUCGCGCGAGAGCGUGAGCAUCACCAUCGCGCUAAGUCUGUUCGAGGCGUAUUCGCGCACGCGCCCGGACUCAUGGGCGCCACACGCAGCUGCCACGGCCCUACUCAUGGCGCACCGGGGGCCGGCCGCGCACCUCACGGGCUUCGACCGUUGUCUCUACCUCUCCUUCCGCAGCUUCCUGGUAGCCGAAGCCUUCGUGAACGGUAAGCACUGCCUCUUCGAUCGGCCCGAGUGGCAGGCCCACAUCGACCAGGUCCGCGCCGAAGACAUGGCCUCGCCGCGCGUCGACCGGCCCAUCGCGCUGUUCAUCGAUUUCCAGGACCGCAUCUUCCUCGAGGUCGCCCGCGUCCCUGGUUUCCUGGUGCAGGCGCGCCGCCUCGCCGCCGCGCCCAACCCCGAGAAAGCUAUUCGCUCCCUAGGCGCCCAGGCCCUGCGCUGCAGCCAGCGUCUAGACCAACUAGCUGCCCACCUGCGCCUGACAGCCGCCGUACAGAACUACCGCUGGAAGCCCGAGCCCAACAACUCCCGUGCCACCGACACUAAGAACAACGACAACAACCCAACAUUCAUCGGCCCCAUCCCUUCGAAUUUCCCACAGGCAUUCGCAAACAGCGUCCUGCGCGGUGCCGACAGGUGCCUUUACAUUCUGCGCCUGCUCCUCGGUUAUCUGCACAGCAGGGACAUGCCGAGUCCCGGCAGCAGUCCGGAAAGUGACAAUCUGGAAGAAGAACGGCCGGUUGACCUCUCGGACCCUUUACCAUUCCGCAUUGUGUCCAAACUGCAUGGCAGCAGCGACGAAUCUCCAGGUGUAGGCGCUGCCACGACAGGCGAAGAGGAGGAGAUCCUACCGGCGGAUCAGUGGCUUGAUCAUGUUGCGGCAUCCAUGGGACUGGAGGCGUUCGAGGUCGUCACGUAUGCGAAGGAGAGCCCUGUAUCUGAUGAUACGGACGACUACUGGACGCGGGCACUAUCUCUGCGAUGA